GCUGCCCUGUAAUUACGGGUAAAAUGGCGGCGCAGGAAGGCGGCCUUGACAGGGCUCUGAGCGUGAGAUACUCCCGGGCAUUGAGGCUGUCGGAGGUAGAGUCGAAGCGGGACCCUGAGUCGGAGCCUUAUCGCUCCAAGUACAAGGCUCGGGAACUGCUGAAGGAGCUGAAAGCAUCGUUGGGGCCGCGGGACGAUGAGCCGCUCCAGGCUGGAGACUGGCUGCAGAAAGCGGCGGUGCUCGAGCUGCAGCUCGGCCUCAACCACACGGAGACAGAGGAGCUGUCCGCCGGUGAGGAGCACCUGGCCAAGUGCAUCCAGAUCCUGGAACCCUUCAGGCUUAGCCCCGGGGGCGUGUCCGUCUUCCUCCAGGCCGAGAAUCAGUUGGGCAUCCUAUGGGCAGGAUUGGAAGAAAUGGAAAAGGCACAAACCUAUCUCGAAGAUGCGGAAUCUCUUUACAAGCAGUACACCAAGGAGGUUGGAAUUCCACCAUUGGACACCCAUGAACAUUUCUUGGGAGAAGACGAGAGGCUGACUGAGCAGGAGAGACAUAAAAGGUUUGAGAAGGUUUACACUCAUACCUUAUAUUACUUGGCACAAGUCUACAAACACCUGGAUAUGAAUGAGAAGGCUGCCUGGUACUGCCAUACAACCCUGCAACGUCAGCUGCAGUUCACUCAUUACAAUCCUGUGGAGUGGGCUAUCAAUGCUGCUACUUUGUCCCAGUAUUAUAUUACAAAGCAGCUUUACAUGGAAGGUCGUUUGUGCCUCGCUGCUGCAAGCGUAAUCUUCAAUCAGACCGGCGGAACAUCCUCAGAAUCUCCUGCAGAGGAAAGUGAAGAGGAGAGAGACCAUCGUGAUCAGCUGCAACAGAAGAAGGCAGAAAUAGCUCGGUGUUGGAUAAAGUACUGUCUCAAUUUGCUGCAGGACUCGCGCAAGUUGCUUGAGGAUGAUGUUGGCGAAAUGGAUGAUGAUCGUCAGGAAGAGCUGAAAAUCCGAUUGAAGAAAGAAGAGGAGGAGAAGGAGCAGGGGAGGAAGAGUGCUGUGAUGUUUGGAUCUAGUGAAACAUUUGAUCUGAUCCAGUCUGUUGAGGAGAAGGUGAGCUGCAUUUACCCUGUGGACUUCAGCAAUGCUCGAGACGUGUUCUUGGUUGGACAAAACUACGUGCAGGAGGCCAAAGAAUUCUUUCAGCUCGAUGACCAUGUGACAGACCAUAUUGAGGUAGUUCAGGAUCACAGUGCGUUAUUCAAGGUCUUGGCAUUUUUUGAAGAGGACCAAGAGAGGCGUUGUAAGAUGCACAAACGGCGCAUUGAUAUGCUGGAAGCAGUCUACACAGAGUUAAACCCACAGUAUUACCUCUUAGUUUGCCGGCAGCUUCAAUUUGAGAUAGCUGACACUUACUAUGAAAUGAUGGAGCUAAAAGUCUCUAUUGCCAAUCGGCUGGAUGAAUUAGAUAGUCACAACAUCAAGAAAAUAAACCACCUAGCACAGUCAGCCAUUACCUACUACACCCUCUUCCUAGACUCUCUGAAGAAUUCGGAGAAGAAAUUUCCAGAGAAACUGGAAUCCGAUAUCUUGCGACCAGCGCUAGUUUGCAAGUUUCGCAUUGGUUGGUUGUACAGUAAGAUGAUCACUUCAGACCCGAAGCUGCAGCUCACCAACCUGCAGCAGUCAGUGGAGUGUUACCGCUUUGUGGUGGAUUACUGUGAGACGCAUCCUGAGGCCACCAAGGUAAUGGAGCCUGAGCUGGAGCUCUGUGUUGAAAUGGCCACCCUUUUGCCGGCAAGGAUGGAGAAACUAAAGGCCAAAAUAGUAGCUUUUAACUGACCUGCUGUAGAGACCUGCUUCACUUCUCUAUCCCAGCGCCUGUACUUCCCUGUGUAAUAAACAUACCCAGCAUGUUCA